CCACGGGGGAGAGCUAUAGCAACAGUUGCCUCGAAACCCCCGCGCGAGGAGGCGCCAUAGUGACGGUAGCCCUGGAGACGGUUUCUUGCCAACGGGAGCCGCCGCCGCCGCCGCCCCCCAACGCCGCCCGAGCCCAGCGGAGCCCCUCGGAGGAGGGCAGCCCGGAGAGGGCGGCAGAGAGAAGCAUGCAGGCUUCCGAGAGCGGCUCCGAGCCCGUCACCCCCGUGGCCCUGCGGACGGCAGCUGCAGUCCAGGCGCCCGUGGUUCAGCCGGUCCCUGCAUCCCAACAGAGGGUUUUGGUGCAAACUACAGGCUCAGCUCCGAAAGGCGCACAGAUGCAGUCGCUCAGCAUCCCUCGUGUCCAGCAGGUACAAACAAUCCAGCACGUUUACCCGGCUCAAGUCCAGUAUGUGGAAGGCGGGGAAGCCAUCUACACCAAUGGGGCCAUCCGGACCACCUACUCCUACAACUCCGAAGCCCAGAUCUACGCCCCCAGCAGCGCCGCCAGCGCCUCCUACUUCGAGCCCCAGGGGGCCAGCGCGCAGGUCAGCAGCUCGGGGGCCUCUUCGCCGACGGCUGUCCCGUCCCACGGGAUGGUGGGUCUGGCCAUGGACCUCGGCGGGAGCCAGAUCGUCUCCAGCUCGGGGGCCUACUUGGUCCAUGGCGGGAUGGAGAACGCCCGGCACGCCGUCCUGCAGACUUCGCGGUCCUCUCCGGCCACGCUGGAAAUGGCUAUUGAAAACCUCCAAAAAAAUGAAGGCAUAACUUCGCAGAAAACCAGCUUAUUGAACAGCCAUCUCCAGUGGCUGCUGGAUAACUAUGAGACAGCCGAAGGGGUGAGCCUGCCACGCAGCUCUCUUUACAACCACUACCUCCGCCACUGCCAGGAGCACAAGCUGGACCCCGUCAAUGCUGCCUCCUUUGGGAAGCUCAUCCGCUCGGUCUUCAUGGGGCUGAGGACCCGCCGUCUGGGCACCAGGGGGAACUCGAAGUACCAUUAUUACGGCAUCCGUCUCAAGCCGGAUUCACCCCUCAACCGCCUGCAGGAAGAUCCUCAAUACAUGGCCAUGCGGCAGCAGCCGGUCUACCAGAAACAGAGGUACCGACCUUCUCAGAAAUCGGAGGGGGCCUCUGAGACCGGAGCAGGAAGCAGCAGCAGCCUCCACACCACCCCGGAGCAGUCGGUGGCUGCCCAGAGCCAACAUCACCAGCAGUUCAUUGAUGUCACCCGGAUCCUGCCCGAAUUCCCGGCCCUGGACCUGGGUCACGUCCUGCCUCGGGACGGAAUCGAGGCCGACCAUGUCAAAACCUUUCAGCUCCUCUACUGGCGCCACUGCAAAGCCAACGUGGACGUGGUCAUGAACCUUCAGUUUCCUUAUAUUGAGAAGCUCUGGCGGUCAUUUUGGAACGCUGAGCCUGGCUCUCGGGAGAUGCCUUCCGCCGUCGCUUCCAGCAGUGAGGAAUCGUGUGACGACGCCCUCCCGAGACACACGCUGGUCGCCUUGUGCAAAUACGACGCCGUCUUGACCUGGAUGCGAAGCUGCGACCACAUCCUGUACCAGACGCUGGUGGAGAUCCUCAUCCCGGACGUUCUCCGGCCGGUUCCCGGCACGCUGACGCAGGCCAUCCGCAAUUUUGCCAAGGGUUUGGAAGGCUGGCUGACCAACGCCAUGAGCGAGUUCCCCCAGCCGGUCAUCCAGGCCAAGGUGACCGUGGUGAGUGCCUUCGCCCAGACGCUCCGGCGCUACACCUCGCUCAACCACCUGGCCCAGGCGGCCCGCGCCGUGCUCCAGAACACCUCCCAGAUCAACCAGAUGCUCAGCGACCUCAACCGGGUGGACUUCGCCAACGUCCAGGAGCAAGCCUCGUGGGUCUGCCAGUGUGAAGAGGGGCUGGUGCAGAAACUGGAGCAGGAUUUCAAGUUGACCCUCCAGCAGCAAAGCUCCCUCGACCAGUGGGCCGGUUGGCUGGACAACGUUGUCACCCAGGUCCUGAAGCCACACGAGGGAGGCCCCAGCUUCCCAAAGGCAGCGCGGCAGUUCCUGCUCAAGUGGUCCUUCUACAGCUCCAUGGUGAUCCGAGACCUGACACUCCGCAGUGCCGCCAGCUUCGGCUCCUUCCACCUGAUCCGCCUUCUCUAUGACGAGUACAUGUUCUACCUGGUGGAGCACCGCGUUGCCCACGCGACCGGGGAGACGCCCAUUGCCGUGAUGGGAGAGCUAAGUGAUCUAGCAUCCAUGUCUCCUGUCCUCCUGGAAAAAGAUGACAUGAGCGACUUAGGAAGCGAAGUGGACAUUGAUUCCCGGUGUGCCGGCGAGCCCCCCGUGAAGCGCGAACGCGGCGACCCGGGGCCCUCAUUGCAAGAGAUCUGAAUCUGUCCUCCUGACAGUGAAAGGAAGCCAAACGCCCAGCCUCCAAAGCUUUCUCAGAAUCCCGAUGGCUGGGGUUUCCAAUUUCGCCGUGAAAAUGAGUGCCUCUAAUUAUUAUUAUUUUUUUCUCCCUGCUUUGACGAGUCUUCACAGAAAGACCAGAACUGGAUCGCGGCCGGAGGGACUGCGGUGGGUAGCUCGCCAGCUGACCGGCGCAAGCCGAAUCCAACGCUGCCCCUGUGCACGAGUAAACUCUCCUCUUCGGAGGGGAUGCCCGACGCUUUUCUGCGCAGCCGCCAAAGUUCUGUCUGCCUCCGAUUCUCUCUCUCUCAUAGCCUUAAUGGACUCUGGAUCGAUUGUAGAACUGUUUUUACAAAGGGGGCGAGGUUGGGGAGCCUUUGAGAGCAGCUUCCCCCAAAUUCCCUCUCUUUCUUUCCACUGUGACAUGGAUCCUCUCGGCUCCCGUAAACCCGGUCCUCCCCCCCCACCCUGAUUUUUGCCUCUGUAGGGGUUUGGGCAGAAAAAGGGUGGGAGCACCUUCGAAACCCCAGACGUGCCAAAUAAAUCUACAC